CUCUGUUGAGCUCAGGCCUCAGGGACAUAUAUUAUUAUUGAUACUAGUAAUAGCAUAUAUCCUCUCCCAAGCUUCUCGUGCUGCGACAACACCCCCAUGGUCAACGUAGAACUCUAUGAAUACAGAUCAGUCUUUCAACGUUAACUUUUGCAUCAGGGUUGUCGAGGAUGCAGGGUCCAUCUGCACAAACCGGACCUUGCCAGUCUCUUGAUACGUCUUUCCAAUGUAUCGCAUUGAAAUAUUGACCGUUCACUGAUGCCCAGUGUAACGACGGAUCAUUGGAUCCUUGAUGUCUAACAAGCUCAAGCUGCUGUAGACUUUGAAACGUUCUGUUCCGUGAUUGAUUGGCCGUCGGAAGUUGAAUAUUUUCUUGCCGAUAUUUAUAUUCUUUUCGGCUCAGCGUUCUGCAAACAGCUGUAAUAAGGACGAACUUCCGUAACAGGCAAAGUAGAAAACGCUUAGCGGUGCGAGGCACAAUUGACUCCAAACCAUCAUGUCCGGUCCAGGAGAACAACAGCCUCUCCUCACGGUCCCGUAUGGCGAAGAUGGUGCGCCCAUAGAGCCGCCCAAAGGGACUUUAGACGUCUGGCGCGAGAACAUUUCGUGCGUUUUAGAGUCCCGGCGCUUCCAUACAUUCAUUAUUACAUUGAUUGUGAUUGAUGCUACUUGUGUCCUCGCUGAUCUCGGAUUCACCGUUUUGUCCGAUUCAUGCACCCCGCUAGAUGAGGGCCCUGCAUGGCUCGAAAUUCUGGCCACUAUAUCCCUUGCCAUAACCACGCUCUUUCUUAUUGAAAUACCAGUUGCCCUCUGGACCUUUGGAGUCCGCUUCUACAACCCAUUCUCAGAUGUUCCGCAUUCGACUUUGCAUCUGUUUGAUGCCGCAAUUAUCAUCACGACUUUCAUACUCGAAUUUGUCCUCAAGGGACGCCAACGCGAAUUGGCUGGUCUGCUGAUCAUUCUUCGUUUGUGGCGAUUAGUAAAGCUUGUUGGAGGCAUUGCCGUAGGAGCUGCGGAACUAGGGGAAGAAACUGCAGAGGAACUCCAAGUGACAAAGAGGCAGCUUGAGGGCACCACAAUUGCACUUGCAAAGGCUCGCGAGGAGAAUCGCAAGUUGCGGGGCCGGGUGGCCUGGUUGGAGACGGGCGGAUCCGAAGGAGCCGAGUUUUGAGCCGAAAGCUGAUCUCAUAACACAUGCUUUCUGUCACCUAUCCUUGGAAAGUCACUAGUCCAGACUGAGGUAUUCAAAAUUUUACAACUGCAUUACGAUGGUGGAUAUAUUUAAUACAGCAUUGGUGGUGA